AUGCGUUCCAACAAUAGCAAAAUUCUGCCUUAUUAUGUUAAAGCCACUCAGAUAACCAAUCUAAAAGAUAUUACAAUUUCUACUAUCGUCACCAGUGACCGAUUGCCUGUUUUGAGCCGACUUGCUUCCCAUUAUAAAGGUCCCAUUUCAGCAGCAAUUCAUAUUAAUGAAAGCGAUAAAGGCGAAAAGGAAUUAGUUCUGCAACAACUGCUUAAUGUAUACAUUGAAAAUGAAGACAUGCAACGAUAUGUCGACAUUCACUUGAUUGCUGAUCAGUACGACCGACAAUUCAACAUGUGGAGAAACGUAGCUAAACUAUAUGCUCGUACGGACUAUGUCAUGAUGCUCGACAUUGACUUCUUUCCCUGCACAAACUUCCGACAAGAUAUUCUUCAACAUCCUGAAUGGCUCAACAUGCUUGACGAUGGUCUUACUGCCUUUGUGGUGCCAGCCUUUGAAUAUAUUGAUCUUGAAGAUGGUAUGGAUCAUAAAACGUUUCCAAGAACAAAGCAGGAUCUUAUCGAUCAAGUUACUGCAGAUAAACUCGACAUGUUUCACCGUGCAUGGCAAUUGGGUCACGGUGCAACUGAUUACGUCAAGUGGUAUGAUGCGUCUACUCCCAUGUAUAAAGUGGUCAACUAUCAUCACUCAUAUGAGCCCUAUGUUAUCUUUAAACGUCAAGGGUCUCCCUGGUGCGAUGAACGCUUUAUCGGUUACGGCUCUAACAAGGCAGCUUGCUUAUAUGAGAUUUAUCUCUCUGGCAUUAAUUAUUAUGUAUUAUCUGAUCAUUUCCUCAUUCAUCAAUCGCAUACAUAUCCUGAAUCUACUCGCAGAAAAGAGCGUUUAUUUAAUAGGAAGUUAUAUGCACACUUCAGAGAAGAGCUGUGUCUUCGGUAUGCAAGACAAUUCAUUGCUACUGGUGAAUGGAACACGUCUCGCGCUGAUAACUUGAAGGCUGAAUGUCAAAAGAUUCGUGGAUUCACCGAUACAAUUUCAUAA